CCGACGCAACCUGAAUGCAGCAUAAUGCCUGAAAAAAAAAAACCUGUAGAGACAUCUUGUGGCUGUGAAGUGAAGUGAACAUCUUCCGCUCACUGCUACGUGUCCCCCCCCGGCUACGUUAAACCCUAAACCCCCGCCCCGUCCACACAGGAACAGGCAGCAGCGGCUGGUUGUUGUCCCGCUUUAGCAGCUCAGACAUGGGGGAGAUCACGCUGCCACGGCGCAUGUUCCUCUGGUGCAUGGCGGUCAUAUACCUCGCUGCUUUUGUUUCCCUCUAUGUGCAGAUACCAGGUCUCUAUGGUAACGAUGGACUGAUGCCUGCUCGGAGGCAGCUGCGACAUAGUGGGAAACCUCUCGGGGAGCAGCUGCUGUCCUCUCCCACCCUUCUGUGGUUUGGCCCCACGCUCGGCCUGGACACGCACACCGCCAUGGAGCUGCUGUGCAUUCUCGGCGCUGCGCUGAGCCUCGCUGCUAUCCUUUUUGAGGCUCUCAGAGACAGCGUGGUGUUUUUCUUCCUCUGGGCCAUGUACCUGUCCAUGUACCAGGUGGGGCAGGUAUUUCUCUACUUCCAGUGGUAAGUGAUGAUUCAUGGAUUUCUUUUUUGUAAU